AUGGGGAGUGUCAGCGACCUAAGGAAACAGGACGCCUGCCUCUAUGCUUUGGAUGCUAACCGCGCGCCCUCUGCUCUCGAGCUCCAAGACCAAUCCAUGAACGGCGUCUUGCAAGUAUGUGCAGAACCACUUCAACCCGCAUCGGACGUGGUGGCCGAUGAGUUCAAACCAUUAGGUUAUGGCGACAAUACAAAAGGAACACCGGGAGUCCUGCGUAGUCUGGGGGAGUCUGCAAGUCUUUUGCAUCAAGUCCCGACCAGGCACUGUCCUGCCCCCGGUGAAUACAUAAGCAUAAUUCGAGAGCUUCCGUCUCAAAGACAUAUAGACAUUCUGGCGCAAGACUUCUUCAGAAAUGUAGCAUGGCACUACGACAUCGUCGACGAAGCUACCUUUAUCAGUCAGCUUUCUCAAUGGCGCCGCCUGACCCAUGAGCAAAUCAAAAGAGGACCGGCCGCUUUACCGGUCACACUCCGGUCUUUCCCUAGUCUUCUCUUCCAAGUUCUAGCACAAGCCCUUCUUUUCCAACCCGCUCAAUACAACGAGAGCCUGAAUGACCUCAAGUACGCCGUCGAUAUGGAGCUAGCAGACCGGGCGGCGGAAUACAGUGAUGCGGGCCGUCGACUCGCUUCAUGCUUCAGAAAGAGCGAGCCCACUCUCACGGGAGUGCAGGCUGAGCUGAUGCGAGCCUGUUUUGAAAAGACAACAGGGGCAGUAAUCGAGGCAUGGCACACGCUCGGGACUGCUAUCCGCGAUGCUCAAGAACUCGGUCUACAUCUGAUGCAACCAGAGUCUACGAUAUACUCGACAGUUGGAAAGCCAUCCGAUCGCGAACUGGGCCGCAACGUCUGGCUUGUGCUGCACCUAUGGGAUGCUCAUAUGGGUAUUGUACUUGGAAGACCCAUGUCGACAAGAAUGAGUUCCAGCGACGUGGCCUUGCCAAUGUCAUCAAGGGACAGCUCUGGCAAGCAACGCCCACCGCAACCUCGCGACGUUAUCUUGUGCGGCUAUCACACGGCUUAUAAGUUCCUACAGGACAUUCAUAAUCUCGACAGAGUAGACGACUGGCGUGCCAUAGUUGAGAAAAUCCACGAAACUAUUCUUACCAAUAUUGCGAACCUUCCGGCAUGGGCAACAGCCCAAAGGUCACGCCAUGGGGAACCCCCUUGGCUUUCUGCAGCCUUGCAAACAAUGUUGACUAAUGUCCACUUUGUCGUUUUUGCUCUACAUCGACCCUUCAUCUUUGCAGAGCCGAGCAGCCGCCACAGGGCCUUUGACGCGGCGAUGCAGAUCUUGGACUCUCAAGGUCGUCUGUUCGACCAAACGGAGCCUCUGCAGUACAAGGCUUUUAGUUUGGUGUUCUCGACGUUUGACGCCAUGGUUCUCGUUGCAGCGGUGCAUAUACGCUUUCCAGACGAGCAAAGGGAACAGUUUGCAGCGACUAGGAGGAACCUAGAGUUGGGCAUCGAAAGACUAAAGUCUUUGCAGGCCAGGAGGAAUGUCCUUGCCAAUUCUGCACUCAGCAUUAUCGAACGGCUGUAUGGAAAAGUGCUUGCGGUUGCGCAUUCGGAGGAACCAUUAGGCCACCACCAGGGAGGUACUGAUGAUAGUGGCUUUAUGACAAUGGAGGCAGAGACGAACUGGGACGGCAUUCUACAACCCGACCUUGGGGAUGUGAUGGUUCCUCAACCGAUGAACGAGCUACUACGCAGUGGGUAUUUGGCUCAGCCAUUAAACACAAGUCCUUCAUACCAAGCACCGUAUGGGCAAUAUCAGUUCGGGACCGACAUUAUGGACACUUUUGGAAGUGAUCUGAUGUCGUAUGGCAGCACCGACGACACAUCACAUGGCAUGAAGUAG